AUGACCAAGGUAGCUAUUGUUGGUAUUGGCUGCCGGUUUCCAGGAGCAGAUAACGUCGAUGAAUUCUGGCAAGUUCUUAAAAAUGGUGAAAACCAUGUUAUUGAAGUACCAGCAAACCGAUGGAAUUUGGAGGCAUUCUAUGAUGAAGAUCCCACUACUCCCGGGAAAACCAAUGUUCGUAGAGCUGGAUUUGUGAAAGAGUAUGAUUAUUGGGAUUAUAAAUUUUUUGGAAUAAAUGAAUUUGAAAGUUUACGAAUGGAUCCUCAACAUAAAUUUAUAUUAGAUUCGACAUACAUGGCUUUAGAAAGUGCAGGAAUAACACGAAAGGAAAUCAAGGGAUCCAAUACUGGCGUUUACAUUGGCAUAAUGAACAGUGAUUACUCAACAAAUUUUGCUGAGAGUUUUGGCGAUUUUGAUAAUCAUACUAUUACUGGUACCAAUAACAGCAUCGUGUCAUCACGAGUGAAUUAUACAUUUGAUCUACAUGGUCCAUCAAUGACCAUUGAUACAGCUUGUUCUUCAUCUCUGAUGGCAAUUCACCACGCUCACCAGGCAAUCAUUACAGGUGAAUGUGACAUGUGUAUUGCUGGUGGUGUUAAUGCUCUUCUAAAACCUGAUAAUUUCAUCCAGCUCAGUAAAGCUGGUAUGGUAUCACCAACAGGACAAUGUCAAGCUUUCUCUGAGAAUGCUGAUGGUUAUGCUCGCGGUGAAGGGUGCGGAAUUGUCAUAUUAAAAUCAUAUGAGAAGGCUCUAGAAGAUAACGAUCCAAUCUGGGCGACAGUAUCCACAGCUUCUAAUCAUGAUGGUCAUACAGUCUCGCCAAUAACUACACCAUCUAUGCAACAACAAAUAGAAUUAUUAAAUAUUGUAUUUAAAAGAUUUGAUGUUGAUCCUCAGAGUAUUGAUUAUAUUGAAGCUCAUGGAACGGGAACUAAAGCAGGGGAUCCUGUUGAGGUAAAAGCUCUU